AUGGCCCAGAAACGUCUCAUGCAAGAGCUGCGGGCUCUCCAGAAGGAAAAAUGGGUAGACAUUACCACGGACGAAGUCAACCUCCUCAGGUGGAAAAUCGGACUUUGGGUCGUAAACCCUGAUAGCGUUUGGCAUGGAGCAUUUCUCAAGGCCGAGAUGAGAUUCCCAGCCGACUAUCCCUACCAGCCACCUGCCUUCAGAUUCCUCACUCCCAACAUCAUCCACCCCAACGUGUAUCUCGACGGAAACCUCUGCAUCUCUAUUCUACAUAAGCCGGGCGAAGACGAGCAGUCUGGUGAACUGGCGAGCGAGCGAUGGAAUGUGCUUCAUGGAGUUGAAUCGGUCCUCCGAUCCGUUCUUUUGCUGAUGGACGACCCCGAGAUUAAUUCGGCAGCCAACGUCGAUGCCAGUGUUUUGUACAGAGACAAUCGUAUGUUUUACGACCGGAUGGCAAGAAUUGUAGUGGAAGAGACCCAGAAGGGCAGGCCAGAAGGUGCGCGUAUGCCUUCGAUGGAAGAACUGGCUCCAACGCCGGUAAAACCGGUCGAUGACGAUACAGACUUUUGGAACAUGACAGACGAAGAAGAGGAUUUUGGCGGCAGCGACAGCGACGAGAACAUGGAGGACGACUUUGAUGAUGAUUUCGAAGACGAGGAUGACAAAUGA